AUGGCUCCAGACUCUGAACCGCAAUGGCCACCCCGAUCUCCCCACGAGGCAUUACUAAGUACUCCUGGCGGCCGUCAACGAUAUCGCGAAAUGAUGAACCGAACAUCGCCAUCGCCAUCACCCAUGAGAAGUGCUCGAGCAUUGGCGGCAAUCACAUCAUCACCCAGCGCUGGACUAGGCAUUCAGCUACCCGACGACGACGACCUAGACGGUGACGAAGACGACGAGGAGACACUGCAACUAAAGCUCCAAGAGAUCCAGGCAAAAUUGAGACUAAAAAAGCUUCAAAAUGCCAAGGCCAGGGAGCAAGCUUCCAUACAAAGAGAUGUAGUGGCCGAACCGCGGUCAGAUCCCGUCCUACCCAGUCCAAAUCGUCGCACCCGGGCUCGCACACCAGGCGCCGAUGAGAAUGUACGGCCUGCUUCCCAAAAUCAGAUAACUGUACCCGCAUCUCCAGUUCGAAAGCUCCAAUUUCUACAGCAACAAACGUCACCUAGCAGAGUAUUCCUAGGCAUUGAUAAGGGUCUGAAAGCCAAGGAUAUUUCUCUCAAACGCGCGCCGACUCAAAAAGGAGGCAAAUCCGGAACCUCUCAAACCGGAGGAUAUUUAAACCGAUCUAGAUCAGUACAUUCCCCCACACUGUCAACGGAAGCGUCACGGCCGUUGAGUUUCAAUGAGAGGCUUGCCUCCGCUCGGACAGAAGAAGUGGCUAGAGCGGAAAGGAAGGAGAAGAUACAAAGGCUGCGCACCAAUGCAUUUGGGAUCGGGCAGGAAGAGAUUGAGCGAUACAAGAAGAAUGCAGUAGAGAUUUCAGACGAGCCAUUACCUCCUCCAACAUUCACCCGUGACGAAAUUUUGGGGAGCUCGGCCCCAUCAGCUUCAAAGUUGCCUCGAAGCAAGACCGCGCCAAAUCUUCACUCACGGCCAGAGUCUCACAAUUCAAACUUAUCGUCCUCGACGUUGGAGAAAUCCGCUACUGAUGACUCUUCAUCGACAGAGGAAGGCUCAUUUGAAGCCUAUUCCUGCCUCCAUCUUUCGAGGCGAAUACUUCCUCAUACGGUUGUUACUCGCAAUGUUUCUAAAAAGAAGAUUCUCAACAUCAAAGACCUAUUAAGAGAUGUUAAAGCACCGGAUUUUGCCCUACCGGAUGUGGAACAGGAUAUCGUUGUAUUUGCUGUUGUGGCUCGCAAGUCGGAACCUCGGGCACAUAAGCCAACGGCGAACCAAAAGCAAGAAGACCGAGGCAAAUACCUCGUUAUUACAUUAACAGAUUUGGAAUUUGAGCUGGAUCUCUUCCUAUUCAAUUCUGGGUUUACGCGGUUUUGGAGGUUGACUCCGGGUACGGUUGUUGCGAUUCUUAACCCAAACAUUAUGCCUCCGCCACCAGGAAGACAAGAUACGGGUCGUUUCAGCCUUGUCAUCAACUCAGACGAAGACAUUAUACUAGAAAUUGGCUCUGCUCGCGACUUGGGCUUCUGCCAAUCCGUGAAGAAAGAUGGCCAAUUAUGUGGUGCAUGGGUGAACAAGAAGAAGACACACUUUUGUGAAUUCCACUCCAACGAAGCGAUACGAAAGCAACGAUCUUCACGAGUUGAAGUCAACUCUAGUGGCUUCGGCGGGUGGGAGAGGAAGAGCAAGUUCGCACCUGGACAAAACGACGACAAGAAGAAGGGCUCAAGCAACUACGACUGGGAAACUAGGACGCAAUGGUUUGCCACACGAUCGCUUAGUGCAGCAGAUCUGAUUGACGGCAAGGACCGUGGUGCAGCCGACAAGAAAGAAAGAGCGGAGUUUGUCAAACGAGGCUUGGAGGCGAAAGAAAAGGAACGUGAGAUGAUGAAGAAGUUGGGCAACAUAGGUAACGCUGCAGGACGGGAAUACAUGCAGCGGGCAGGGCUCAAAGCCAGCGGCAGUCAAACGUCUCUCGCCGCAGAGCAACCCUUUGGGUCAAUAACAGAUCAAGAGCCUACGAAACACGAUGCUCUGUCUCUAGGUCUAAUCAGCAAAGACCGGACAAUCCACCUCAGUCCCAUUAAACGCAAAAGACCCGACAGUUCACAAGCGAGUUCCGUCGUAGGUAGCACCAACUCGGCCUCAUCCGCCGCCGCCGCAUUCGGCUGGGGUUCUAAUUUACGAGACAAGCUAUCAAAAAUGAAAGAAGGAGAGAAACUUCACAAAGGGGGCGAUCCCCCACCAGUGAGGAAGAAGACAAGAUUUGUCACGGAGAAGGGCAUUCGGGUGGCUGGAAGAGAAAGCCUAGGUAUGGAUUUCUCGGAGAGGCAGAUAUCUCUGGGUGAUGACGACGACGACGACGAAUUAGUUAUUGUAUAA